AUUUCUACAUUUGAAAAAAUAAUCAGCUGGACUUGUGUAGUCAUUUUGAAUAAUAAACUUUGAAUCGAAGUAAACAAUGUCACCAAGCAACUUGUUAUUGUUAAAAAAUUUUGCAUUUGUUUGUGAAAUUAAACAAUUUCCCUGACAUUCUGGAAAAAUAAAUAUCAACUAAAAACCUCAUGGAAAAAAUGAGUUUAAACCUUAUUGAAAUUUGUGAAAAAUUGCAGUUGCAAGACCGUAGAGCCAAAAUCUCUACAUUGGGAUUUUUGCAACAAAAGUGUUUGGAUGCGAAAGAUACUGCCGAUUCAGAGAUACUGCAAUUAUUCGAUGAAACCUAUUUGCACUUGCUGAAAUGCUACAGCGAUCGCUUUGAGAGUGUACGCGAUCAGGCCGUACAAACUGUCAACAUGUUUUUCGAGCGUUUGCCACCAAAUGAUUUCCAUUUAGUUAAUAUUGUUUCUACUUUGGUGGAGCGCAUGGGUCAGCAUGAAACUCUUGAGGAAAGUGAAGAAAUUCGUUUGGUCUUUAUACAGCAAUUGUUAAAAGUAGAAAAUCGUUUUAUAGCGACCGGCAAUAAAGACAGUCUGCAGGAUUGUUAUGAAGACAUUGUUCGUAUUAUUGUAAAAGCUUUAAAUGACCCAUAUCCAGCUGUUCAGAAAGAGGCCUGCACAUGUGUUGCUGUAUUAGCUGCAUCGGCAGAUAGUUGUGCAUUUAAGCCGUUUUCGGAACGUUUGGCUAAAGCUCUCUAUGGAAUGUUAAAUCACAAGCACUCUCAGUCUCGUAUUGCGGCUGUUAAUGCAUUGGGUUUUGUCGCCUUACAUAUAGAUGCCAGUGGUGAUGCUUUGUCAAGUUUGAUUAUGGAAGUAUCACCACUUCUGAUGGAUUCUAUGCCUCUGGUAAGGAGAGAAUGUGGUGAGUUAGGCGUACGUUUGUUAUUGGAAUUACGUGAUCGUUAUUCGUACUUUGAAAGACUUAUUCCAUUGGUUUUAUGUUGUUUAAAAGAUGAUUCACCUGAAGUACAAUCAUACAUUUUGCCAUUGUGGGAAAAAUGUGGUAAACAAUAUUAUGAUGAAAACGAGACAGAGUUGAGCAAACAGGAAAUAGCCGAUAUAAUACCCCCAAACUAUCCACCAAAUAUAAAGCGUCCAACAAUCGGUUGUCGUGGUAUAGUUCAGCGUUCACUACGUCUAUUAAAAUUAAUAAUGAGAGAAUCGACAGAUUGGAAAGAAAAUGUUCGUUUACAUUCACUAAAAUUAUUGUAUCAAUUUGUUCUGCAUGCCGAAAGAUCUAUGACGGCUAAAUUCUUUGAGAUUUAUGAAGAUGUUGCUAGAGCGACGAGAGAUGCUGAGCCAACAGUGGUGGAAGAAGCCUUCAAAGUGUCUGACUUAAUGGGCCGCCUUUUAAAUUAUGAUGAUUGGUAUGAACAUGGCUUCGAUGGUUUAGAAAGAAAUGCCAAAGAAGGUUUUUUAAAGUGUUUUUAUUACAUGUAUACUCCAGCUUUGGGUGUAAAAUUUGAGCAUAAUUUGCGUUUAUCUAAAAUGCUCGUACAACCGGAAUUUUCUCAAACUUUAAAAUGUAAUUUCCAGUUGUAUGUCUUAAAAAUGGUUGAUACAAUAUUAGAGAAAUGUAAAAGUGCAGAUAGUGAGCAGAAGGAUACUAUUGAUUUGUAUAAAAAUUGUUAUUGCGCUACAAUUAAAAUAAUGUCUUUAUCUUUCGAAUCUGAACAAACAAACUCUGAGGAAUUGCAAACUAAAGCUUUGAACAUAUUAGAUAACAUUUCCGAAUGCCGUAAGUGCAAUUUAGAUGAUUUGCACGAACAAUUCUUUAUCUACGCCUUAGAGUCAGUUCAAGACAUUGAUGCACAGCUAGAUGCUUUGAGUGAACCUAUUUUACUUUUAUAUGGACUAAUAAAACUGGCAAAAUUUCGUCAAACAUAUUUAAAACAAUUGCAACAAAAGAUCAAUGUAGUAUUUGAACAUUGUGCCGACGAGUCAAAAGUGAAAAUAUUAAGUGCUGUAUCCAUUGCAAUGUUAGAUUGGAACAAGACGAUGCGUAGAUCUCUAACAGAAAGUUGCGAACUUCUAAAGGAGUUUGUGCUAUCAGUAGUGGAACCUCAUCUUAUUUGGAAAGUCGGAGCAAAUGCCGAAGCAAUGCGUUCUUUAGCUACCGCAACAUUAUGUUCUCUGUCACAAGGUGCAGCAGAAGAGGCCACACAUGUUUUACCACAUUUUGCUAAAUACUUCCCAGCACUCUUGGAAGAUCAAUGUGUUUCUACACGGCACUAUGCCUUAAAAUCUCUAUACAAUUUUGGUGAGGUUGAUAUUGAACAUUUAAAACCUAUUGCUUAUGCUUGUUUACAGCGUUUAGACGAUCCUUCGGCUGGAAUACGUAUAUUAGCAGCUUCAGUAGUUCCGCAACUAAAAUGUACUGAACAGGACAAGAGCAGUGGUAAUGGAGACAGUGAAAAUAAUAAAAGCAACUGCUAUGAAAGUGAAGUUUGGUUGUCCUUUGUUGAAAAUUGUUUCGAUUUAUUAUUUUUACAUUACGAUACUCCAGAAGAACGUCUACAGGCGGCCAUUAAAAAUACAAUAAUUGUGUUGGGCAAACGCCAUCCAAAAAUGUUAAUGGACUCUUACCAACGCACCUUGGCUGCUACACACAAUUGUUAUAAUUUAAAAGAACUUGAAAAGCAGUUGCCAUUAAAUUAGAUUUUCUUGAUUUUAUUCUUCUACUC